AUGGCGUCAGUCGUUCGGGACGCCCCCUUUGGGCAGUUGGUGCGGUACUUGACCAACAACAAGUACUUUCAAUAUCCCGAAGAGAGGCCCGACUUUGAGCUGCCCGAAGUAUGGCGGCAAUUGAUCAGCGAUUCGGCUUGCACCACUGCGACAUUUGGCAAGUCAGAAAAACUUCCACUGGGACAGCCAACACUUGCCGCACAAGGUGAUGCUGCGGCUGCGGCUCGGAAGGAACAAACCCUUGGCAGCGAAGACAGCGUUGAUAGUGAGAGCGAGGCUGCCACAGAGGUAAUCGAUCAUGUGUCUUCCAGACAUUCAUUUGAAUAUACACAGUCUCGUUUGGAAGCAGACGAGGUGCACGAGAUCGAGAAAACAAAGUCCAUUCCCAUCCAACCCAAGAAGACCAAGGAUGGAACCAUUCUGGUCGACUGGUACUUUACCGAUGAUCAAGAGAAUCCGCAUAAUUGGUCGAACAAAAAGCGAGCUCUUCUGACCACGUUGAUCUGUCUCUAUACAUUCGUCGUGUACACCACUUCGGCCAUCUAUACCGCUUCCUUGGCGGGAGUCAUGGAAGAGUUCGGGGUCAGUAGCUUGGUCGCGACCCUGGGACUGUCCCUGUACGUCUUGGGAUAUGGUACUGGUCCACUGGUCUUUUCGCCAUUGAGCGAGAUCCCCAUCAUCGGUCGGAAUCCGGUGUAUAUUGUGACUAUGUUCCUGUUCGUCAUUCUGUCGAUUCCCACGGCCUUUGUGCGCAACUUUGCGGGCUUGAUGGUGCUUCGCUUCUUGCAGGGCUUCUUUGGAUCGCCGUGUCUGGCUUCCGGAGGUGCCUCGAUCGGUGACAUGUACAGUCUCAUGUCAUUGCCCUACGCGAUGAUGAGUUGGGUCUCGGCGGCUUAUUGUGGACCCGCACUGGGUCCCUUGCUCAGUGGAUUUGCAGUCACUGCUGAAAACUGGCGCUGGUCUCUCUACGAGUCGAUCUGGAUGUCCGCCCCCGUCCUCAUCCUCAUGUUCUUCUUCCUGCCCGAGACCAGCAGCGCCACCAUCCUCCUUCGCCGUGCUGCCCGUCUCCGCAAGAUCUACAACAAUGAGCACUUCAUGUCCCAGUCUGAAAUCGACCAGCGGCACAUGAAAAUCUCCGACAUCGCGAUUGAUGCCCUCGUCAAACCCAUGCAGAUCACCAUCAUGGACCCAGCCGUGCUGUUCGUCCAGAUCUACACCGCCAUCAUCUACGGCAUCUACUACUCCUUCUUCGAAGUCUUCCCCCUCGUCUACCCCGUCUACUACAACAUGACCCUGGGCGAAAUCGGUCUCGUCUUCCUCUGCGUCCUGGUCGCUUGUCUCGUCGGCAUCGCCAUGUACGCCUCCUACCUCUACUUCUACAUGGAUCCCCGCAUCGCCAAGUUCGGCUGGCCCGUCCAGGAAGCCCGUUUGAUCCCCGCCCUGCCAGCAGCCGUGGGUCCCACCAUCGGACUCUUCAUCUUCGCAUGGACGGCCCGAGCCUCGAUCCACUGGAUCGUUCCAACCAUCGGCAUCACCAUCUACGGCGCCACCGUCUUCGUCGUGAUGCAGUGUCUCUUCGUGUACAUCCCGCUGAGCUACCCGCAGUAUGCGGCCAGCUUGUUCGCAGCAAAUGAUUUCUUCCGCAGUGCGCUAGCCUGUGGAAGUGUCCUGUUCGCGCAUCCCUUAUUUGGGAAUCUCGGAGUCGCUCGUGGUACCAGUCUCCUGGGUGGUUUGAGUGUCAUUGGCAUCAUCGGUAUCUGGUUGCUGUACUUUUACGGUGCACGACUUCGUUCACUUAGCAAGUUUGCUAUCUCCGAUCCGGCCGAAUGA